GCCAGUCUCUGCCAAUCCCCCCCUUCCCGAUAUAAUGCCCCAGAGCGCAUACAAGCGUCACAUGAGCGCCAACGACAUCGGCUACUCUUUCCCUAAUAGGCCACGGCCAAGCGUGUGCGGCCCAGCGGACCUACAAAAGCAUCGGCGAUCCUCUUUUAAAGACGGAGGGUUUGGGAACGGCCGUUUUUACCCCCGCCACGCGGUGAGCGUACCAGAUAUCACUCGCGGACCCAGAUACCUCAACAUGCCACCGCGUGGACUCUUUUCCGCGCCGGCUACCGGGCCUGACCGUCAGCCCAAGCAACGCUGUAAGCUAAUGGAAGCCGAGCGCCACCAAGGCAAGGCCUCCACCCAACGAGAACGCCAGAGGUACGUCACCAAAGAUGGAAAGUGCCAGGUCAACCUGGGUCGCAUCGAGGAAAAGGGGCGCUUCCUUUCAGACAUUUUUACCACCAUCGUUGACCUCAAGUACCGCUGGUUUCUCUUUGUCUUCAUGAUGUGCUACAUCGUGACAUGGCUGCUCUUCGCUACCGUCUACUACCUUGACGCUUUCUGGCGCAACGACCUGAACCACAUGGACGACGACGACUGGUACCCGUGCUUCCAGAACAUCGACAGCUUUCUCUCAGCGCUCCUCUUUUCCGUGGAGACCCAGCGCACCAUCGGCUACGGCUCCCGCAUGGUGACUUCUAACUGCCAAGAAGGGGUCUACCUCGUCAUGGCCCAAUCCAUCGUAGGCUCCAUGAUAGACGCCCUCAUGGUGGGCUGCAUGUUCGUCAAGAUCUCCAGACCGAAGAAGAGAGCCCAGACGCUGAUUUUCAGCCAGAACUGCGUGGUGUGUCCACGCGACGAAAGACUUUGCCUCAUGUUCCGCAUAGGGGACCUGCGAGACAGCCACAUGGUGGACGCCAAGAUCAGGGCCAAGCUCAUCAAGUCUAGACAGACGUACGAAGGGGAAUUCCUCCCUCUCGAACAGUCAGAGAUAAACCUCGGCUACGAGACCGGGGAAGACCGCUUGUUCUUGGUGGAGCCGCAAGUGAUCUGCCACACGAUCGACGAGAACAGUCCGUUCUGGGAAAUGGGGCCGCAGCAGCUACUCCGAGAGCAGUUCGAGAUCAUUGUCAUUUUAGAGGGAAUCGUGGAGGCCACAGGCAAGUAA